CGUUGCAGGUGUUCCUUUUCUAUCAGAUACGGCACACGGCCGAUUUGAUAAAACUCAUGGAUGAAGUUCACAUCAGAUGUUUGCGCGUUCUCAUCGGAGACAGCGGCGACGAUUAUGUUAGACUUACGGAGCAUCGUAUUCUGUUUGCUGCUGGCCCUGAUCUGUCCUUUCUACGCAGGACGGACGGCUGGUAUCAAUUCGGGAAAUGAUGCUGGAAGUGAUCCUAUCGAGCAGAAGUGCAGCAAGGAUGCGGAUUGCAAAAUACCGAACACCCAUUGUUUAGACUCCACAUGUCAAUGUGCUAAUGGUUACGUCAUCAAUGGAAGCUUGACUGCGUGUGUUCCAAUCGCAACUGGAUACGGUGAUCACUGCACCGAGGCGAUAGAAUGCUCGAAACGUUUAUACAGUGGCGCAGCGUGCUUGAACAAUGCUUGCGAAUGCGUCGCCGAUGGUUACUAUUACUUCAAUGGAAGAUGCAAUGCAUAUUCAGGGCUGUUCGACAAGUGCAACAGCGACGUCGAUUGUUACGUGCAUGCCGAAUACGGAGCAGCGUACUGCGAUAAGGGAAAAUGCAGCUGCAGUCCGGGAUAUUAUCAACGCGAGUAUAGAUCGUGUCGUCCGGAAGCAAAAAAAGUUGGCGAUGCUUGUACGAUAAAGAACGACUGCAGAUUCGAUGAAAACGCGGAUUGCGAUAGCGAUAACAAGUGCACCGAAGCGGAGUUUAACGCUAUAACCGAAUCAAUGUUUAGCGUUUACAAAGAAGAAAAUUCCAACGAUACAGUAUCCGACUUCGGUAACUGUACAACGGACGGAGAUUGUAAACUCGUCAACAAUACGGACUGCAGCGCUCUAGGGAAAUGCAUCUGCAAAACAGGACAUUUUUAUCCAGGCAAAAACAAAACUUGUGUCCUUGAACUCGGAGAACCCUGUAACAUAACCGACAAGGCCGCCAUCGACUAUUCAGAAUGUAAAAAUGGAAAAUGGAAUUGCGCACCAGGACGAGUCCCUGCUUUGGACAAUCGUAAAUGUCUAAAAGCUGCGAAACAGUUCGACUGGAGCUGCCAGUACAACGCGCAGUGCUGGACUUUUGGGCCGGACGGUAUCUGCGUAGAGGGGAAAUGUGUAUGCAACGAGAGAUCGCACUUCGUCGAGUCCGAAUUGUUUUGCUGGUCGACGAAAGGACUCGGCGAACAAUGUCAAAAAGACCACGACUGUCGCAUGAAAGGUACAGGGGAAGUGCUGGCUUGCGAAAAAAACGUUUGUGUCUGUCCAAGUGGUACCCAUCUCAAUGCAGACAAUACUACAUGCUUGGAGAAUUACAUAGGUAUUGGCUCUGAUUGCGCCAACGACACGGAAUGCCAACCGAAAAAUUCGAUUUGCCGAGAAAAGCUUUGCACUUGCAAAGAAGAUUAUGUGUCAGACUCGUUUAAAUCUUGCGUAGCAGUUGCACCCUUUGGAUCGCCUUGUGACCUGGACAUUCAGUGUUCCGCCGUGGUGCCAAAUGCAACUUGUAUAAGUCUGACAGACACAGAUAAAAUAUGCGGCUGCGGCGACGAUCGGAAUUACAAAUUUGAUAGAUGCAACGUGAAAAAAGUUCUCGGCGACAGCUGCACAAAUCUCGGGGAUUGCUAUCUGAGUUCGAACGACUAUCGGGUAACGUGCAGGAACGGCCGUUGCGCAUGCGACUGGGCUUACAUUCGAGAAAAUGACACUACGUGCGCGCCACGUACGAAUGCUCGAUAUCAGAAUAACGGGAACAGUGCCAACAGCAUUUCUGGAGGAUUAUUAUCGAUACUGAUGACGACACUACUAUCGAUAAGUUAUCAUAGUUCGAUCAAACGUUAUUAAAAGCUAAAUACAAUGUAAACAUAAUUAUAGAUAUAAAACGCGAUUAUUAUCUACUUCUCGUUCGACAUUAAAAACGCAACAUUACAUAAUAAGAUAGAAUUUGGUCGGAUAGUUCGAACAAUUAUCUACGAUAUUUAUAAAAAAAGAACAUGACAAACCGUGGUGCUCUACAUGUCAAAGAAUUAAGUAUUACUUGAUCUCACGUAGAAAAAGUUUUUCGCACGAAACGUGAACUACUUUCUUAUCGAAUGCAAUAAAAACGUUGUGAUAAUGC